UGUCUCCUUGACUCACACUGAAGUACAUAAAACAUUACAUUUUUUUCAAGGCCUUUCAAGAGCUAUCCCAUAAUCCAUCCUCCCAAACCAUCCACCCAUCCAUCCAUCCAUGCAAGGCGAUCCCAAGCAAGGCAUGUCUCCGGCUCCUCAAGACGUCGGUCAAGUCUUCGAAAUCGAUACGAACGAUCUCCGGCAAGACACCUCCAAGGAAGUAGAAUCCCUGAACCGGUUGCUUCAAAUGCUAGCGAUGGAAGACGAGGAGGAGGAAGAGAUCGAAAUCAGAAAUGAGGGCAACCCCACGAAAGAUGAUCUCCUCAAGCUUCUCCAGGCCUACCAAAAUCGUCUGGUGAAGAAGACCAGUGGAAAGGGUCUACUAUUAGUGGGGUUUAAUGAUGCUAAGCAGCGUCUACGUAGAGUUCAGCUUGAUAAGUCAAUUAAAGACGAUGCCCUCCAAAAGCUCAUGGAGCAAAAAGAGUCAUUGUUGAAGGCUUUGAUGGAUGAAGUAGAUGAUUUGCGAAAAGACAUCGAGGAACUAGAAGACGCUCUCAAGGCAGCAUAUGGAUACGUUGAGAGCAAGAUCGUCAAGGUACAAGAGCCAAAGGGCAAUCGAAUUACCGUCAAGUGGAACCCGUCGAUUCCAGAGCACGAUGCGCUCCAUCGUAUCUUCAAAGAGGACAACAUUCCACUCCUGGACGACUCUGAUGAGAUUGAUUACUCAAAGGUCAAGAAGAAGGCAUUCACUGGUGCUCCUGUCUUAGAUCUGGAUGUAUCCAAGGUGCCUGUAGAAGAUAUGAUUAAGGAGAUCGCCACAAGAGUCGUGAAUUUCAGAGUAAUUCUACGAAUGGAAUCUCACGGUCGUCUUAUUUGACAAGAUGGCAUGGGACUACAUGGCUAGCGCUCUGAUCAAGGUCAGUGGCCUAGCUAAGGACUACACGGAUCUCAUCAUGGAGUUUUCUAUGCAGAGAGAACGUGGAGUCAGGUCGUUACUUGUCUCAACAAGGCCUUCAAGUUCGAGCUGCUAGAGGCUCAUCUCGCUGAUGAGAGUCUUCUG